AUGAAUGGUGAAUCAAUCGAAACAUCUGAAUCAAACUCAAUUCAAACUCAUCAAAAUCUAAACGGUAAUGGAAAAGUGAAAGGAAAAGGUAAAGGAACAGGAAAAGCUAUCGAAAAUACCAACAACACUCAUCAAUCUACUUCACAUCGAUCUCAUCGAUCUCAUCAUUCGAACCAUCGAUCAUCUUAUCUUUCUUCCUUUCAACGUCGUCAUCAACAACAAUCUCGUCGUCAUCGAUUUCCUGAUAAUUCACUUAGAUUUCCUUCAGAUCAUCAAACUGGAGAAGACCCAAUUCAAUCUUAUAUUCCACAUCAUCAUCAUCAUGACGAUGAUGAAGAAGAAGACGAAGACAAUCUAUCAAAUUCUUCAUUCACAGAUCAAUCUCAUGAUUCGGAUUAUAGUCCUCAAUCUUCAAUGCUAGCUUAUUCAUCUGAACCUGAAGAUGGUUUACUUCGUUUAAGGAUUCAUGAAUCUCGUCAACAACAUUUAUUAAGACAUGGUUUCAAUGAAGCUUAUAAUUCAGAUGAAUAUUUAGAAGGUUUAGCUAAAACUUAUUUUAUGUAUUGGGAUGAUACUCCUUACAAAACUACCAAACCUUCCGAUCUUAAGCAGAUUCCUUUUUGGCGUCCACCCGUUAAACAUCGGACAGUUUGUGCUGCACUCUUCUUAUGCCUUAGGCUGGGGUUCGAUCCACCAGAUGUAGUCAAGACUUCACCAGCUCCUAAACUCGAAGCUUGGGUAGAUCCUAAAAUGUACCCAAAAGAAUCGGUUCUAGAAACGAUAGCUAAACGACUACAAGAUCAAUUCGAAUCACUUGCGCCUCCUCAUGCUAGAGUGAAAUUCAAGACUUAUCCAGACGUUUAUUCAGAAGAAUUUAAAAAAACACUCAUCGGUUUACGAAAGUAUAGUAAAAACGAUCGUUGUUUGGUUUAUUAUAAUGGUCAUGGAGUACCUAAGCCAACACAAACUGGUGAAUUAUGGGUUUUCAAUAAGGCUUAUACCCAAUAUAUCCCGAUCAGUAUCGCCGAUAUCCUUUCUUGGGCUGGUCCACCCUCGGUCUUCAUUUGGGAUUGUAAUAAUGCAGGUCAUAUUGUGAAUGCGAUCAUUCAAGCUUCUGCCACAAAAGAUGAAGAAAUCGCAGCUGAAUUGGAAUUAAGAAGACUUCAAGGAAGUAGUGGUAGUCAAAUACCCCAAUUUUUACUUCAAAAUCCUGCGAUUCGAUAUAGUGAUACCAUUCAACUUGCUGCUUGUCAAGCUGAUCAAAUGUUACCUCGUGACCCUGAAGCACCGGCAGAUAUCUUCACAGCUUGUCUAAGUUCACCCAUCGAGAUGGCUCUUCGGUUUUAUGUUCUUCGCAAUAACGCUCGUGAUGCCAAUUGGACUUCAACAGCCGAAUUCUUCAACGAUUUAGGCAAGAUUGAUAAAGUACCAGGUCGAAUGGAAAUGCGUCGAACUCCAUUGGGUGAACUUACUUGGAUCUUUACUUCAAUUGCUGAUGCAAUCGCAUGGAAUCAUCUCGAUCGUCAUCUGUUUACUCGAAUCUUUCGUGGUGAUUUAGUCUUAGCUGCUCUUUUUAGAGGUUUCUUAUUGGCCGAACGUGUCAUGAGGGCUUAUGGUUGUACACCAAUCUCUAUGCCCAAACUUCCACCAACUCAUCAAUCUGAAUUAUGGAAAUGUUGGGAUUUAGAAGUAGAUAUGUGUUUAUCUCAAUUACCUGCAAUUUGGCGUUCCGAAGCAAUUCGUGCAGAAUAUGAUAUGAUUCCUUAUAGAACUUCAACUUUCUUUUCACAACAAUUAACCGCUUUUGAACUUUGUCGACCGGGUGAUGAUUUAUAUCCACCUUCUCCACCCCAAUUACCCAUCGUUCUUCAAGUCUUACUUUCUCAGUUACAUCGAUUACGUGCUUUGAUUUUACUUUGUAGAUUUAUGGAUCUAGGUCCAUGGGCUGUUCAUUUAUCUCUUUCGAUUGGUAUCUUUCAAUACGUACUCAAGUUACUUCAAGCACCAGCUGCCGAACUCAGACCGGUGUUAAUCUUCAUUUGGGCUAGAAUCUUAACAGUUUAUCCUGAAGGAAGGAUGGAAUUGUUUAGACCAGCACCCGUCGAAUAUUUUGUUCGUUUAUUAGCACCUCAUACACCUGAAUUAUUACCAGUAGCCAAUGUAGUAGAUCAUAAAGCGAUGUGUGCAUUCAUUUUAUCAAUCGGAUGUAAAAAUUUACCUGCACAUGCGAAUCGAUUACUCAAUUUAGGUGUACUAGAGAUUUUAGUCCAUCGAUUACCUGAACUUGUAGCAUCUCAACGUCAAUGGUAUCUUAUCCUCUUAGCACACCUUUGGGAACAAUCUGGAGCUGCUAAAGGUAGAGCGAUUCGAAUGGGAGUUCAUACAGUUGUUAGUGAAUUAUUAACUGAUACAGUACCAGAAGUUAGAACAGCAGCAAUGUAUGCCUUUGGAACCUUAUUAGGAGUUUCGACUGAUCCGAAUGGAAUAGGAGAAAUUGAAGAUGAAUUAAUCAAUAGUGCCAUGGUUUGUUGUCAUUCAUCCAAUGAUGGAUCACCAAUGUUACGAAAAGAAUUAGUGAUCGUCUUAUCUGCAUUAGUUGAUCAACAUUUAGGUGAAUUUAUUGUGGCAGCUUUCUUAGCAGGUCAAAGUAAUGAAGAAGCUAAAGUGAUGAAAACAUCGGAUUUAAUUAAAAAGUAUAGGAAUGAAGAAGAUGCUAGAAAGUAUGGAAACGGUAUGAAUGGUAAUGAAUCGAUCAAACCUUAUCUGUGGUUACAGUAUAGUAGUAUUUAUCAAAUCCUUUUAGAUCUUACACUUGAUCCUGUAGAAGAAGUUUCAGAAGCUGCCAUCAUUGUUGUAGAUUAUAUUCAUUCUAGAUUAACUUCUAGUACUCCAUUUGCAAGAUCACCAGAAACCACCGAAGAUGGACCAUCUCGAUUACAAAACCGAUUAAGAAAUGUAGGAGUGAAUGUUGGUACAGAUCGAAAAAGUGAAGAAGAAACUCGUGCUAAUCCAAGAUCAUCAUCAAAUCCAUCUUCAAUUGAUACACCCAUCAGUUUAUUAUGGGAAAGAAGAUCUAAAUUAGGAUCAAGUGAAGUUCCAUUAGAAACGAUAAUUGCACGGACCCGAUUAUCAGAUGAUGAAAGAAGACAAAGACAAAGGGUUUAUCCACUCUUAACGAAAUCUGUGAAUACUCAUCAAGAAAGUACGUUUGAUUAUUUAAUUUAUCUUGGAUUACAUGAUUCAGAAGAAUUAAAAGUAGAAGGCAAUCAAAGGAAAAGAAACUUACCGUUAAGAUCAUCGUAUUAUAAUUUAAGUUGUUUUGUGUUUUUGAAACCUAGGAUGGCAGAUAAAGAAGUUGGAAUGGUAGGUGAAGAAACUCAGAUCAAAGCUUUGUGGAGAAAGAAUAGGAAUGAAAAGAUUAUUUUGGAAAGUCAACCUUUGAAAGCUGAUGCAGCACGAUUACCUUGGGAUAGGAUUGUUAAUGAAUGGAAAACUGAAUCGGUGGUGAGUCAGGUGGUGAUGCAUCAAUUCGAAGAUCAAAUCAUUACAAGUGAUAUAGAUGGAUACUUAACGGUUUAUGAUACUGAGAAUAAGAUUAAAUUGAAUCGGUUUAAGAAUUCAGAUGAUAGAAGAGGUGGUAGUAGGAUUACUAGUGUUAAGUUGGUAAAUGAAGAUGAUGUUGCUUUAGUACUUACUGGUACAGCUGAUGGAAAUGUAAGGAUUUUUCGAAAUUAUGAAAGAAAGCCUGAAUUAGUGACCGGAUUUAAAUCAUUACCGAAUUCCGAACCAAGUAAAGUAGGAUCAUCUGGAUUAAUAUUAGAUUGGCAACAGUCAUCUGGUUUAUUAUUAUGUGGAGGAGAUAGUCGAGAGAUUAAAGUAUGGAAUUCGAAAAAAGAGAUGUGUAUCGAAAACAUCAAGACCAGAUCAGGUUCACCUUUAACUUCAUUAAGUUCAGAUCAUGUUUCAAGUUUUAUAAUUUGUGCUGGGUUUGGAGAUGGAUCGAUUCGAGUUUAUGAUCGUAGAGAAUCUUUAAAGAGUUCGAUGGUACGAGUUUAUAAAGCUAUUCAUCGGUCUUGGGUUCAUACCUUACAUAUGCAACGUGGUGGUCAAAGAGAAUUGGUUUCAGGUGAUAGUUGUGGUGAUGUGGUUCAAUGGGAUGUAAGACUUGAUCAACCUCUUAGGUUCUUUAGAGCUCAUGAUGAUGGAAUGCCUGCAUUAGAUAUACAUGAACAUGCUCCUGUUUUUGCUACGUAA